GUCGCAUCGCCACAGGGAAUCCCACCUCCGCACUCAGAACCCGCGGGCUCCACCUCCCAGCAGGCUCGGCGGCGGAGGAGGUGAAGAAGAAGAAGAAGGAGGAGGAGCCGGCUCCCUCAGCAGGACGGCGGGAAGGGCUCCGUGAGGGGCGGGGCGCGGCCGCCAUUGCGGGGCCUGUCGCGGAGCCGCAGGAGGCCAAGUGGAAAAAUCCCUGUGAGGAGCCAGAUGAUCCCCAUUGUUUCAAGUCAUACAAGAAGGUGCUGAAGUCUUAAUUCUUCAUUUAUCAUAGGAAAAAAGUAUUUUUGCUUUUUGGUCUCAGCUUGUGCAAGCAAAUGAACGAGAAAGAAGCUGCUCUGCCCUGAUGAUGUAUUUCACCUUCAGAAUGUGCUGGAAGCAAGUCUGUGCCAAAAGCAGCUUUUGAAGGACAUGGAUGUACUGAAAAAUUGAGCAAAUGGAAGGUUAAGGUCCUGAUGUUGUCCUAGUCUUGUUCCUCUACCCCGAGUCAGUAUGUCAACGAAAUCCAAGGCCCCACUUUCCUUGUCUGACUGCCUCUGCCAAAUUUGCAUGGAGAUCUUCGUGGAGCCCGUCACGCUGCCGUGCAGCCAUACCCUCUGUAAUUCCUGCUUCCAGCUGACAGUGGAAAAGGCCAGCCUUUCUUGCCCUUUUUGUCGGCGUCGAGUCUCUUCCUGGGCACGGUACAAUGCCCGCAGAAAUACUCUUGUUAACUGGGAGCUCUGGGAGAAGAUUCAGAAGAAUUACCCGGAGGAGUGCGAGAGGAGGAUUAACGGGCAGGAUUUGGACGAGGAAAUCUGUGUCCCCAAACCACAGCACCAGCUGAGCAAGCCUGGGGAGCUGAGGCAGGAAUAUGAAGCAGAGAUUAGCAAGGUGGAGGCCGAGAGGCGAGCGCACGAACAGGAGGAGAACAAAGCAAGCGAGGAAUUCAUCCAGAGGCUGCUGGCAGAGGAGGAGGAGGAGAACAGGUUGGCAGAGCAGAGGCGGAGGGAGAUGGAGAAACAGCUGAAGCAAGAUGAAGAGCUGGCCUGGCAGCUCAGUAACAGCCUGAAUGAGGAUUCUGAGGGACACGUGCUCGGCAGCCCGUCACCAGCGCACAGCCUCUCGCCUCAAACGUCCCCAGCACACUUGUGCAAGGCAAAGAACAAACCAAGCAACACUGGAGACAUUCAGAAGUACCUAUCUCCGAAGCACCAUGGUACGUUGGGACCAGCAUUGUUCUGCAGUACCACAGGAAGAAGCAGGAGCAGCUCUGGCUCAGUGGAGACCAAGAGCAAUGAAGGCAGCUGUUCUGCAUUGCAGGAUGAGCAAGAAAAAAUGCCGACCCUGUCUCCACAGCUGACCAGCGUAAAUAAAGAUUCUGAUGCUAAGGAUUCGUUUUUGGAAUCAUGCAUGAACUAUUUCAGUGCCUCAGCUUCAGGUGAAACCACUACUGUCAACCAGGAAAAAACACCAGGACCAAAUUGUUUAGGAGAUGGAGUUCCAGGUGCACUUCAUGAAGCCACAGAAGGGGAAGGGUCUGGAACAGCUCUUUGUAGAUCCAAAGGAAUAGAUGAUGAAAUCGAGACAAACAGUGGCAGUUUAACACGUGUAGAAAGCAUAAACAGUGAAAACUCUCCUCAGACUUGUACCUCUGUUCAGUCAGGGAUGAAUUCCAUGAUGUGUGACAGGCAGAGUGCAGGAUGUGGCCUGGGGAAGGUGGCUGCACACUCAGAUGAAAAGGAACCAGAGGGGCUGCAGAACACUAAGGAGACUCCCAAAAGGAAGCUGCUGGAGGCCCCAGCUGAUGCCGUGACUGACUCAGGGGUGCUUGACAAGAGGAGAAGAACCUGUUCAGAAAGUGUGGAAGACGAAGGGGUGCAGAUUAAUGACUUCAGCUUGCAAACACAAAGAGCCUUUGAGCAGGAGUUCUAUGAAAGGCGUAGGCAGGAGGAGCAGGACAGGCUCCUGGCUCUGCAGCUGCAAAAGGAGCUGGACAAGGAGGAAAGGACACUCAACCGGCAGAAGGGUUCUCCAGACGAGUACCUGCUUCGCACCAAACCACCUCAGUCUCUGAAAGACUCUGCUGCUAAAAAGGGAAGUUCCAAGGUGGCCAGAGACUCAAAGGGAUCAAAAAAACAGGCUGAAACCAAUCACUACAAGGCUCGGAAAGGUUCCUGCAAUGAAAACUGGCAGUCGCCUACCAAGGUCCGGGUGAAAUCCCCCGGCAUCAAGGAGGGAAAGGUUUUGAAUUGUGUGGUCAAUACCAGUGACAAAAACGAUAUUUGCUCACUGCCCAAGAACAAGCAAAAGACGAUCCUGCAGAUGUUCAAAAGCCCUGUUGCAGAGUAGAUCAGCAGAGCCACGGCCGCGUGGCAGACUGGGAAUGGGAACCGUGGGGAUGUUCUCCCGCGUUAGGCAAAGCUUCCUUGGGCAGUUCCGAGUUGUUGGUUUGGAGGGGAAUCCAAACCAACAACUUUGGGCAGCGGUGUUGCGAGUUCUGAGUUUUUUAGCAGUGUACGUCUUCCCCCCCAGACUUGAGCAUUUCUUGAUUGCUCUUUUCCUGAGUGUUAUUUUCUAGCACUCGCAGCACUUCUUGCAGGACUCACGGCAUUUCUCGUUCGCUAGCGCUUGGGUUUACGUGGUUUGGAAUGUGAGUACCAGUAGUGUUCAAAAGCAGGGAUACUUUAAAAUGAGAAUCCAAAGUCUUUUACGGGAAGGAUGCACAUUCCGUGGAGGAAGCAAGCAAAGAACGAGUCUGUAUUCCCAGCUGGCUGCCAGCUGCGAGGCUCAACCCUCAGCACAACCACUGCUCUGUGAAUUGAAGCAUGUCACUGAAAUUUUGGCUGUUUCUGGAAUUGCAGC